AUGUGUGAAGAUCGCCCGCGCGGGUUAAAAGGCCUUCUUGACAAAUCAACUCAUUCAUUCUCCGAUCGCGCCUUGGCCUCCGGCGCGACGCGUUCGUUUUUGCAUCCUCCUCGAAUCUCGUGUCCUCUUUGUCCUUCCUCUGGGUCCCUCUCUCCUCAAACCUUUCGAUCUGGAGGCCUGAGUGCGGCUGUGACCCCUGCACAUCUCUCUUCUUCUUCCCCUUCUGCCGUUGCGCGUGGCGGCAUCGCGCUCUCGUGCACUCCCGACCCUCUCUGCAGCGAGUGCGAGGGAGAGAGACACUCUCAGGAAGGUAGUAAGAGGUCGUACUUGCAGCAGAUUGCGAUUUGCGGCGACGAAGACGAAGCUGCCUCACGCGGAGAUCCGGCAGGUUGGCAAGGCCAUCGCGAAGAAAAAGAGGCGGGAUUUCGCAAACCAGUCGCGGAGAUCUACAAGAACAUGGAGCGCGUUGAGAAGGUCGAGAUGACGGAGGAGGAGAGGAAGCGGGAAAUUGAGGAGGCGCGAAAACGCGCGGAUUUCAAUCCAGACGACAUCGGCGAAGACCUCGAACUCACCUUCGUCCGCGUGCCGGAGAAACAGCUCCAAGUCGUUAUCAAGAAAAUCAAAAAGUUCCUCUUUCAUCGCCGCAACUUCCGCCCGGUUCGAGAGGAGGGCCUUUCGUCUGCGACAGACAACGUCCUUUUAGAGAAGCCAGGGGAUAGCUAUCCCUUUCCGCCACCUCGGGGCGGCGACCAGCAUGCAGCCCCCAGGAGAAGGCCCAGACGAUCAGUCUGCCGCACAGCCAGGCCGAAGGGGGGGGGAAAUGAAGACGAACAUGCGACGAAGCUGGGAGAGACGAAGGCGAAUGGCGCCAGCAAGAUGAAGCGAGUCUAUCUCUCUGAAGAAGUGGAUAAAGAUCUCUCGCAGCUGCCGGAGACUCUCCGUGCGUGGCUGCUGUCCGAGGAGGAUUUCUCUGUGGGCUGCGAGAAAGUGCGACUUUCUUACUCGCAGCUGACGGCAGAGGAGGCGCUCAAGAGACUCGUUCCUGCCGGCUUCGAGAUGCCGCGCCGCUACGAGACCAUCGGGCACAUUGCGCACCUAAACCUCCGCGACCACCUCCUCCCUUAUCGAUUCCUCAUCGCCCGCAUCUUGCUCGAUAAACAACUGGGCUUGAAGACAGUCGUUAACAAAACUGGAAUUGCCUCGCAGUGGCGCGAGCUGCAGUUCGAGCUCCUGGGCGGCGAGCCUCGCUACGUGGCACGCUUGAAGGAGAACGAUAUGCUUUUCGAGAUUGACUACGAGCGCGUCUACUGGAACUCUAGGCUGGCAGCUGAGCGCGAAAGAAUUACGGCUGAGGUUCCGCAAACGUCGAUUGUGUUUGACUGCUUCGCCGGCGCGGGCGCGUUCGCGCUCUUUCUCGCGCAGAGACGCGAGUGUCUCGUCGUCGCAAACGACGGCAACCCCAACGCCGUUGAUUGCAUGAACAAAAACCUCAGCCUCAACAAGGUGCCCGAGGCGUUGCUGCAGACCUUCAACCUCGACGCGAGAGCCUUCGUGCGGGAGGCGGCGGGGUCCCCCGAGAAGCUCGCGCGCCUCGUCCGGCUGCGGCGCCAAGUGCUGGCGGAGCGUAGGAUGAGGGACACGGAGACUGCGCAGAAAAAGAAGGAGAAACGGCGAGAACAAGAGGCAGCGAAGGCGAAGGCAGAGAGCGACGCGGGUUCCGAAUCCAACGUAGAAGGCGCGGCAAAAAAACGCCGUACAGGAGAGGAGGAAAAGGGAGAAGAAGGAGGUGGCGCGAGCGAGGCGCAGGGGGAGGCAUCUGACGGAGUCUCAAAGGGAGAACAGAAGGACGGCAGGAAGCACGAGGAAAAUCUUCGAAGCGGUGAAGACAACGCAGGCGAGAGAAUCGAGGUCCAUUACCUCAUGAAUCUGCCAGAGUUAGCCAUCGAUUUCCUCGACGUCUUUCCAGGUCUGCUGGCGGACGCCACCGCCCAGGGAGAGGGAAAGCCGGCAGAUGUGCCGGACGAGGAACCGCUGACUGCGGAGGAAAUCAAAUCAGCCACAGAGCGUCUGCGCCACCGCGUCCACUGCUACGGCUUUUCGCGCUCGUCGCCUCCGGAAGUCGAGCUCAAGCCGCGGGUGGAGAAGGCCCUGGGUUUCUGGCCGGCUGAUAUCGAAAUCCGAGAAGUUCGUGAUGUUGCACCGAACAAGCGUAUGUACUGCCUCACGUUCGAUCUGCCCCCUUCUUUCUUGCUGACUUCGCCUUCGUCUACCUCUCCCUAG